AUGGCACCAGAACAGUCUCAAUCACAAACUACUGUGCUUGCUACUACUUCUGAUAAUAUUAGCACUAGUUUUACAAUAGAUGCUUCCCAUCCUUUGUAUGUGCACCCUUCAGACAAUCCGGGUAUUAUGUUGGUGCCAACUCCUUUCUCUGGGUUUGGUUAUAACUCCAGGAAAAGGAAUGUGCUUAUUGCUUUGUCUGCUAAGAAUAAAGCUAGUCUAGUUAAUGGUAGAAUAUCCAAGCCUAGUGAAGACUCUCAUUUAUAUGAUUACUGGGUAAGAAGAAAUGAUAUGGUGUUUGCCUGGUUGAGCAAUUCUUUGUCCAAAGAUAUAGCUGAGAGUGUUCUUUAUUGUAACACUGCAAGAGACAUUUGGAAAGACAUAGAAGAGAGGUAUGGUCAGUCCAAUGCCAGUAGGUAUUACCAAAUCCAAAGGGAAAUUGCUGAAGUUUCCCAAGGUGAUUCAGAUAUUGCUAGUUACUUUACCAGGCUUAGGAGACUUUGGGAUGAACUUAGGACUGCCUCUUUUGGCCCAGAAUGCACUUGUGGGGCAGAACCACAAUGCAAUGCGGGACAAAGACUUAUCAAGUUCCUCACUAGGCUUAAUGACUUUUAUUCAAAUGUGAGGAGCAAUAUCCUCAUGAUCACUCCUGUCCCAACCUUAGGGAAGGCAUAUUCAAUGCUCCUUCAUGAUGAGAAACAAAGAGAAAUACAAUCACCAAGACCCCUUUUCCUUUCAGAUUCAACUUCCUUCAUUUCCAAAGUUAGUCCUAGUACAUAUGGUUCAACCUCUGGGAAGGCUGUCCUUAAUUCUUAUGCUCCAACUUCUGGGAAGCCUGGUCCUAGCUCUUAUGCUUCUAGUUCUGGGGGUGUUUCUGGUAUAUAUGCCUCAACUUCUGGGACUAAGUCUUACAGUCAAAGGGUUAAUUUUGAUCAUAGAAAGCCAGAGCUAGUGUGCAAGUACUGCAAGUGGCAUGGUCAUUCAGUAGAGAAAUGCUAUAGGUUACAUGGGUUCCCUGCUGACUUCAAGUUCACAAAGAACAAGAAGAGUGCAGCUUGUGUUCAAGUCAAUGAUGGUCAGCUGACACCAUCAGCUUCAUCUGAUAGCUUUUCAUCCUCAUUCUCUCCUGCUCAUGGUUUCUCAAGGGAACAAUACAGUCACCUCAUGAAACUCUUCUACCAGUCUCAAAUCCCUGAUUCUACCACAAAUACUGCAGAUGAUUCUGCUGCUAUGGCUGCCUUUGCAGGUAUGGUUUGUAGUUUUGCUACUUACACUGUGGCUUUAACUUGUUUAUCUAAGUUGAAGGAUAAUAGUUGGAUCAUAGAUUCCGUAGCUACAAACCAUAUGACACCACACAAAGAUCUUCUUCACAAUAUAAAACCACUUCUCUUCCCUUAUCUUGUCACCCUUCCUAAUGGUUACAAAGUCAAGGUCAAUUGCACUGGCUCCUUAUUAUUGUGCAGUGACCUUGUCCCUUCUAUGAAGAGGCCCUUGGAAGUUGGUAGAGCAGCAAAUGGGUUUGCUUAUGAUUACUCUAGAGUUACAUGGACACAUCUCCUAUCUUGUAAGAGCAAUGCCUUCAAUACCAUUAAAGCUUUUAUUUCCAUGAUCAAAACUCAUUUUAAUGCCACUGUCCAAACAAUUAGAUCUGACAAUGCUUUUGAGCUUGGGUCAAGCACAGAGGCUUCUUCUUUCUUCUCUGAUUCUGGUAUAAUCCACCAGACCACCAUCCCUCACACUCCACAGCAAAAUGGAGUUGUUGAGAGGAAACAUAAGCACUUGUUAGAAACCUCGAGAGCUCUCCUCUUUCAGUCUAAACUUCCUACCAAGUACUGGGGGAUGUUGUGUUUCAUGAACAUGUUUUUUCCAUACCACUCCUCUUCCCCUGCUUCUUCCUUUCCAGCCUUCUCUUCUGAUUUUGUAGAUAAUCCUUCUCAUCUCUCUUCUUCUUCUCCUCCUUCACUCUCCUCUUCUCCUUCACCCACAUCACCAUCUGUACCUCCAACUUCACCCUCCACACAACCACCUUCAUCCUCUCCACCAUCUCCUUCUAUUCCGGUUCUUCCUCCAACUUCUGUUCCUACAAGGGCUUCUUCCAGACAUAAAACUACUCCCAAGUACCUUCAUGAUUUCAUUUGUUCUUCAGUUUCCCCUACUGUCCCUAUUGAUCCUACUUUUUCCUCAUCUGAGUUGCACAUACAUGAGACACAAUACUACCAACAGGCUGCCUCCAACCCUGACUGGCAGGCUGCUAUGGACCUAGAAUUCAAGGCACUUGAUGCAAAUUAG